AUGGUUUAUGUGCAGUUCGACGACGAUGAUGAGGCUAGGUGCAGUAUGGAUCUUGGCUCCAUGCAGUUAGCUAUUGCUGGUACUGAGAUGGAGGGAAUUUCUAUUGAUGAAGGUCCACUUCUCCCAACUCCAGAUGCCGGUCCAUAUUGGUCCAUGGUCGUUGAUCUGAAUGAUCACAUGGACGGACUGCCUGAUGAGCUAGAUUCUGGUGAUGAGGCAAUUGAUUCCUCGUCAGAUGAGAGCGAUGAAGAUGUAGAAGAUGGUUCGUCUCACAGGGCAGAGGUGCCACCAAUGGAUGUUGAGGCUGUCCGGGCAGAGGAUACGUCUCUGCGUGGCUUCGGUUCGGAAGUUCUUGAGGUUCGGCAACAUUUUCCUGACAAGAAAGCAGCCAAACAUGCAAUCCAGGGGUAUGGCAUCACUAUAGGCCGGGAGUACAGAGUGUUGAGGUCCAAUGCAGAAAUAUUCAAGGUAUCAUGCAUCCACAAGGAGUCAGGUUGCCCUACAAGAAUUGUUGCUCGACAGCCACGGGGGAUUAUGAUGCCAUUCGUUGUGACGAAGAUGGUACCACACACAUGUGAGCAAUCUGGUGUGCUGCCACACCACCGCAACGUCACUGCAUCAUAUGUGGUUGAAGCCAUCUCUUCCACCGUCGUUGACAAGAUUGGGGUCAGCGUUAAGUCAUUGAUAAAGGCUGCUGCCGAUCGCAUUGGCUACCCAGUGAGUUACAACAAGGCCAGGCGUGCUAAGGAGGAGGUACUGACGAGGAUGUUUGGCAGUUAUGAGGAUGCCUAUAACUAUGUCCCCAGAAUGCUUCAUCAGAUUUGUGAAACUAACCCGGGGACAUACAUAUCCAGGCAAGAGCAUCUAGUGCCAAAUGGACCGGAGGGUCAUUACAUCCUUGAUCGUGUAUUCUGGGCAUUCAGCCAGACUAUUCAGGCUUUCUCGUAUUGUCGACCGGUGUUAUCUAUUGAUGGUACCUUCCUCACUGGAAAGUACACUGGUACUCUGUUGGUGGCGGUUGCAGCGGAUGCGAAUGACCAGCUCCUACUUAUUGCAUAUGCCAUCGUCGAGAACGAGAGCACAGAAAGCUGGUUGUGGUUCUUGAAAUGCUUGAAAGAUGUUGUUGUCAGAGACAGGGCCGGAGUUUGCAUCAUUUCUGAUCGCAAUGCGGGGCUGCUGAGCGCACUUCACCAGAUGAAGUACUCGGUGCCACUGGAGCAUAGGUGGCCUGAUAUUACAACCAGAUGGUGCAUGCGGCAUUGGGCCGCAAAUUUUUACUCCCGAUUCAAGAACAAGGAUUAUAUGAAGAUUUUCAAGAAGAUGUGCAUGCAAAACCAAACGCGUAAGUUUGAUGCCAUCUUUGCGGCAUUGAACGCAGAAAUGACCCGCAAUGGUGGUGAUGCACCUCCAGAAGGGCAAGGUGAGGGGGCCAGAGGAGGGCCAGGAAUCUAG